AUGUCUUAUCCACCAGCAGUGGUAGAGAUCAGUGAAGAAGAAGAAGAAGAAGAAGAAGAAGAAGAAGAAGAGGAAGAGGAUGGAAAUGGAGAUCCCAGUUCAUCAUCUGUUGUCACGAAAGAUAAUAAACGCGCGUUGUGCAAGGCACUCGACUCAAUUGAAUCGACAGGUGAUAUCACAACCUCUUGCCACUAUAGCAUGUUUGUGAAUCCCGGUCUCACUAUUGAGGGUGGUAAUCUCAUUCCUCUGCCACUCAAAGAAGAUGAUGCGCAGACCAUCAAGAGUACAAGUGGAAAUCCCGGCGCUGUCUGCCCGACAGAAUCAUAUCCCCUUGGUCAUCUUUACACAAAAACGAGCAUAUCUUUGGCAAAUAUGAAGAGUCGUGAUCGGGGUGUCACUUACUCUUUAAACAAGAUAUGUUCUGAGGCUGGAUUCUAUUUCAUGCUGGCACAUGCGACCCAUGUCCGCACGGGAGGGGAUGGUUAUGGUGACUACGAUGGGGAAGAGGAAGAGUACGCGAAUCUAACAUCUGUAUAUACUUCUUUGGGGGUCCAGGUUGCCUCAUACCUCACUAUUGAGAACAACGAAAUCCUGGGAUAUAACAUCAAUAGAGAGGACCCUGACAGCGAAGAUGAGAGCGAAUAUACUGGCAACAAAAACAUGGCGCCUACGUUCCGUUAUCACAAAACCGUCGUUGUUCUUGUACUAAAGGACCGGCUUCGGAAGUAUCUCGAACAGUUUAUUGGGUUCACUAUUCCAGCUCAAAGAGCCCAAAAUGACCACUUGACCGAGAUGGUUCUCCAAGAUCUUGCCAACAAUCGAGACGAUGCCUAUACGAAGCAGGCGGCCGCAGGUUUUGUGGACAACGUCCUGCGUUACAGCACUGGACCCCAAGAACAAAUUGCCCCUGAGCGCCAACUGGUGAUAGAUCCCCUCAUUAUGUAUUUUGACCAGGCUAUUGACAUAGCCACGGAAUUUGAUGCCUUUUGUGCUAUCCUCAAGUCUUUUACAAAACAUGAGCCCCUGGCUGAGAGUUGCAAAACAUGGGCAGUUCCCAUUGGCGACAAAAAGCUGGCAUCUCAAACCAUAUGGAAUUUAUCGGAUGAGAAUUACUUUCUCCGUGUUCUUGAAACACGCAAUGCGGAUAGCGAGUGGGUGUUGCAGAGAGAGCUCUACAAAUGCAUCAUCGAACAUGGAAAAGGACAGCUGAGUCUCUGCGGCAAUGACAUCUUGGAACAAGAAAGAGGACAUAUGGGCUUUCACAACACCAACUUUAUCAUCAAGCCCGCAAUUAACAUUCAUAAUGACGACCUCUACCACCAGACUACUUACAAGAAGUUUCUCAGAAUGAUAAAGGAAAGUUACAUCCAUGGCGCUGGACAGGAAGCACUGGGGUUGUUGCAGCAAAGCUGCCAGAGGCUUGUUGAGGAAAGGCAACCUGUACCUGCUAUUCAUCAAUUCUUCGAGGUUGCGUUACAAGAUGCUGUCCAUCAGCCGAUCAUGACCCUGCCCGUCCAACUUAUGGGAUGGGUUCAUGAAAAGGCGUUCUGCACAUCUUGGCCUAAUUGCAGCCCGAGUCAAUCGCUAAAUGCUUUUCUCGAGAACCCGCAACAGCAGAUAUGGCAUUUCCCGGCCACUAAGGUUUUGCGACAACAUGUUGAGCGUCACUUGACGGAUUCAGUCUACUCGCUGCAAACGAUCAAAGACAGAUUGCCACAUACAUUGGUGGUGACCAAACUAGGAACACGCUAUGACAAGUCAUUGCGCGAUUGGCAACAAAAAGCCCAAUAG